CUCUCCCAUCAUUCACCAGAAGUAGGCUAGGUGGCAGCAUCACCAUCACCACAUCAGGCACCACACUAGGUCUGCUGCUACCUCUCCUGCACUCACUAUCACACUGGAGAGAGGGAGACAAGCGGGACGAGAGAUAGAGAGAGUGUGCAGGAGAAAAAGAGGGAGGAGGAGAGAAACAGAGGGAGGGUGUGUGUGAGAAAGAGAGACAGUAAGGGAAUCCUAGCUAGGAGGAAGAGAGCAAAAAAGGAAGGGUAAAAGAGAUAAAGGGGCUAAACGAACAACAGGAUGGCAGAGCCGGAGCUGAAACCAUGGAGCAGCCAGGAGAGCUUGAAGACGGCAACCGAGGGCCAGGAGAAGAUGGAGGCUGAGGCGGCUCCGGACAACCCUGACCAGCCUCCGUCGCUAGACAAGCCUCCAUUCAAGCCUGCCUCCCCAUCCACCCCUACCCCUACGGCUGCCGACGCCAUGGAAGCCACCACCCCUACUGCAGAGGCCUCCUCCCCAGCCAAGGCGGCAGGCAGCAAGAUUGAACUGAAGCGCAGCAUCACGCUCUUUAACGGUGUGGGCAUGAUCAUUGGCACCAUCAUCGGCUCGGGCAUCUUCAUCACACCCACCGGGGUGGUUAAGGAGGCGGGCUCGGCCGGUCUUUCGCUAGUGGUGUGGGCCGUGUGUGGCGUGGUGUCCACCAUGGGCGCCCUGUGCUAUGCCGAGCUGGGCACAACCAUUACCAAGUCGGGCGGAGACUACACCUACAUCCUGGAGGUGUACGGUGAGCUUGCCGCCUUCCUCAAGCUGUGGGUGGAGAUGCUGAUCAUCAGGCCAUCCUCCCAGUACGUGGUGUCGCUGGUGUUCGCCACCUACCUGCUCAAGCCCCUCUACCCAAACUGCAGUGUGCCCGAUAGUGCCGCCAAGCUCAUCGCUUGUCUCUGCCUCACAUCGUUGACCUUUGUGAACUGCAUCAGCGUGCGGGCUGCCACCAAGGUCCAGGACUUGUUCACUGUGUCCAAGCUCCUGGCCCUGAUCAUCAUCAUCGUCUUCGGCUUCAUUCAGAUCGGAACCGGUGAUGUGCCAUACCUGACACCAGAAUUAGCAUUUGAAGGCAGCAAAUGGGGAGUCGACAACAUUGUGUUGGCUCUAUACAGUGGACUCUUUGCUUUUGGUGGCUGGAAUUACCUGAAUUACGUGACAGAGGAAAUGAUCAAUCCAGAGAGAAACCUGCCCCUGUCCAUCAUUAUCUCCAUGCCCAUUGUGACCGUGGUGUACGUACUGACCAACCUGGCCUACUUCACCACUAUCCCCCCGAGUGUGAUGGUUGAGUCCGAGGCAGUAGCUGUGAUCUUUGGGGAAUACCAUCUUGGUGUGAUGUCCUGGCUCAUCCCUGUCUUCGUGGGCCUGUCCUGCUUCGGAGCUGUCAACGGAAGCCUGUUCACCUCGGCACGGCUGUUUUAUGCUGGCGCUCGAGAGGGUCAGCUCCCUGCUGCACUGGGAUUGGUCCACACUGACCUCUUCACCCCAGUGCCCUCCCUAAUUUUCACAUGUUUCCUGUCCAUGCUUUACGCCCUGUCCAAGGACAUCUUCUCGGUCAUCAACCUGUUCAGCUUCUUUACCUGGCUGUGUGUGGGCAUGGCGAUCGCCGGCUUGCUGUGGCUCCGCUGGACCAAGCCAGAGCUCAGGAGGCCCAUCAAGAUUUGGUUGGUGGUCCCUGUGGUGUUUGUGCUGGGCUGUGUCUUCAUGAUCGUGGUGUCCUUCUGGGCAGCUCCCUUCGAGUGCCUGAUAGGCAGUGGGAUCAUCCUCACUGGUAUCCCCGCCUAUCUUCUGGGGUACAAGUGGAAGAAGCCCCACAUUGUGAAGAAGAUCUUAGAGAUCUUUACUCUGUUCUGCCAGAAGAUUUUUAUGUCCGUUCCAGAAGAACGUGAAGAGAAGGAGGCAGCUGAAGUAGCUGAAGAAGUCGAAACAACAAAGGAGGACUGAGUCAAUCUUUUAGUUGGAACAUUACAUGUUUACACUCAUUGUUGCUUUUGUUACAGAGUUCCAUGACUCUUGGUAAAGUAGGGGUUUAUGCGAAUUGCUUCGGUGUACAUAUUUUGUAUUUUACAUGCAUUUUCUUACUGUAUUGUCUCUUUGUACUCUCUCCAGCAAUUCAAUUCCACUUUUCAGUCAUAUAGUUUACUUUCAAACUUUUUCACAUUUUUCCUAAACUAACCUUUUUUACGUUUCAUAUGUUUUAACCUAUUUUGCACAGUAUUCAAUAGGCCUGAAUUAAGCUAAAAAGGAAAAUGUAUUUCUAUUAACAGGAGUCAUAUGUGUUGGUAUGUCCUCUAGACAAUCAUCCAGGCAUCUUGAAUGCGUACAAUACCCUGCUUUGUCUUAAAACGGUCUUCAUCAAACUAAAGAUAAUUACAUAUUUGACUUUUGAAUUAUUUAACUAUUAACCCCCACUUUAACUGACGAUAUGUCUGUAACUCAGUGUAGUUGAAGGACCUAGCUACUGGUUACCUAAGUUGAUUGAGCAAUGGCCAUCAAUCUAUGAUAAACCCAUGAAUUUAUUCAGGUAACUCAUACCACACAUUCUGUAAACUACCUUAAUUUCCCUUUGACAUGAUUGCACUCAUGAUAAAAAUGUACAAUUAAAAUUUUAACAUCUAUUUGUGCACUGUAUUGCUACAUUUUCAAAUCGUUAACUCAGUUAUUCGACAGAUUACUAUUUGAAGCACAUUUGUGCAAAGUGGAUUUCUGAUAUGAUAUCUGUUCUGAUAUGUUGCCUUACGAUUGUAGUCACACAAGUCAGUUGCUUGUAUUGAUACCCAAUGCCCUGUACACAUAAAGGCAUGUCAAACCAUGGCUUUAUGAAAUCUUCGUAAAUAUUGUUUUAUGUCAUGGUUUUAAGCCAGCAGUUAUGAAUAUGGCAUUAAGCCUGUCAAUUUUCUUUGUCUCAACUUGCUACCGGUUUCCAUACAUUUAAACCAUUAUAUUCGGCGAUUACAUUUGAUAAAUGUUUUUUUAAUUGUUUGUACAGAUACCAUGUCAGAAAUGUGAUUAUCAACAUUCAGCCAACAUGACAAUUUUGCUACGGAUGUAUACUUUUGUCAUGUUGUGAGCAUCAUUAGUGGAUAUUGAAGGGUCUUUUCUCUUUCGAAUGAGCGAUUACUGCACGUACAGAUCUAAGAUCAGCUGUCCCUACCCCAGUCCAAACCUUUUCUGACCCCAAGCCAGACCAGUUCAAGCCAAAAAACAAACAAAAACAAAACACCUAAGGGCACUAUACAAUCCGUAUCGCUGAAGCAUUACAGAUUUAGCAUUAGAAAUGUGAAGGUCAUUUCUGAUUGAGCCGACAUAUCCCGAGUUUACCUUGAAUGCCAUCACGGGAACAUUGCCUAUACAUUUCUGUUGGUCUUUAGCACCACAUUUUCGCGAUAUGGGUGGAAUAGAGCCUUAAUGAAAUUCUGGAGGCACAAAAUAUUAGCACAAACAUGUGCAUGUUACUGAAUUAGGAACACAAUGCAGUAUAGAAUGUUAACUGCUCCUAUUAUAAUUUUUUUUUUUUAUCCUCAUUGAAUUCUUGAAUCGCUAGGAAAGUAGGGGCAAUAGUACAAUAGGUCACUGCACUUACAGAAAGCACAAACUGUGAAGUAACUUGACAGACGCAGAGUUUACAGAAAGAGUAAACAAGGAAGUAUAGGGAAUAGGGACGUUUAAAUAGAUUACUGAUAUCUUGGUCUUGUAAGAGUAUAUUCAUGACUGUCAGCGUGAAGGAGAAACUGUUGGGGUACCUUCAUAUUUUCGUGGCCCAAAAUGCACCGUACAACAUAGUUCAAGUGUGUACAAAGUCUUGCGUAUCAUGUACAGUAAAGUCUUUGAAUGUAUUGAAUGUUAUGGUAAAACACUUUUUAUUAUUUGAAUCGGAAGAAACAAUUGUACCUCUGUCAGCUAUUGUGACUUAAAUGUCAGUGACCAUGGCGGGUAUGUACAUGUACCAUUAAAAUAUUUUUGUUCAAAAGUU